UUUGGUCGCCAUUUUUACAGGAAAACAGCAAAAUGCUACAUGGAGAAAAAGAUCGUUUUCACGUAACCAGUGACUUGCUUGCAAUUACUACAUGACCAAUCUGAUAAACAAUACAUUAGCUUUUCUCCAGAUAAUUUCAACUUUUAAGAAGAUAACUGAAACAGCAGAUGGUACAAUCAUCACAUAGCAGAACUAAUUACAGAUUGAAAGGACUCUCAAGGUCAAACAGUGACUACAAGGAGAAUUGCAGUCAAGAUUGUGACAUUCAACUCCAAACUUAAAGAACUGAAGAAACUACAGCUUUAUUGAGACGAGAAGUCUGCAAGUACAGCACUGAAAAUUUAGGGAGAAAAUAAUCAUAUAGAAUUCAAGAUGUCAGUUAUAAUUCGUCUCCAGAAUUUACCAUGGUCUGCAAGUGCCAUGGAUAUACGCCAGUUCUUCAAGGGCCUCAACAUACCCCCAGGAGGUGUUCACAUCAUAGGGGGAGAAAAAGGUGAUGCUUUUAUUGCUUUUGUUAGUGAUGAGGAUGCAAGAAAAGCAAUGAUGAUGAAUAAUGGCUAUGUUGAUACAAAUUGUGUACAGCUGUUUCUCAGUAGUAAAUCAGAAAUGCAGAAUGUUAUUGGUGAGGCAAGGAAUCAAAGUGCUCCAGCAGCAAUUGAGCAAACAACACCGCCACAAACACAUCAAACGCCACCUCAGCCAUAUAUGGCUUCAGAAUAUGGUAAACCAACAGACAAACAAGUUUAUCCACCACAAGACAGACAAGCUCCAGAAUUAGAAAGAGGAUAUGAUAGACAAAGCCAAUCAUACUCACAUAAUGUUAUGCCUGUAGGACCACAGUUUGACAGACCAGAUCAACAUCAGGGGCAUUAUGAUGAUCAUUUAGGAAGAUACCCAGACAGAACAGCAGCACCUCAAAAUGUUCAAGAACAGCUUCCAUACAAUAGAGACUGCCAACCAACAGAGAGGUAUGGUCAGCCUCUAGAAAGAAGAUAUCCAACUGGGGAUACUCCAAAAGAUUCAUACUCUCAGCCAACAGCCAAUGGUGAUUAUGACCGUCACAGUUCCCAUUCACAAGAAUCUGUAGCAGAUGUAGCCAGGUAUGGACAACAGCCUGACAGAUAUGCAAAAGAUAGAUUUCCAGACCGAUAUCCACCACAGAGCAGAGAUGGCUAUCAAGAGAGAUAUCCUCCAGCAGUUAGAGAGGCAUUUCCUGAUAGGUUUCAACCUAGAUCAGAUCGUGGUUCAUCUGUUGAGAGUAGAACAAGCUAUCCACCACCUAUUGAAUUGGAUGAGAAUAGUCGAUCAAGUUCCAGAGGCCAAGAUGUUAUUUCCCCAAGAUUGCAAGAAAGAAAAAGUGAUACAGAAAAAGUUCCACUAUAUCCACCAUAUCCUCAACAGCAACCAUGGGAAACACUAAGACAGGACCCACAGUCAAAGCCACCAUUGGAACCAGGACCACCUGCACCUGGGAAUCUUCAGAAUGAUCCUCGGAGACCAUGGGAUCCAUUCCAGGUUCCAACUUCAAGACAAGAGGGUAGUUCAGAUGUAUAUCCUCCAGACCCAACUAGGUUCAUACCACCAGAUAGACAAACUCAACUUCCAGUUAGUGGAUUAGAAAGAGACCGAAGCUUUGAUAGAAGACCUGGUUAUGAGGAUAUAAGGGAAACACUUCCAUCACAUGAGAGAAAUCUACAGCUAAGUGAAAGAACUCCCCCUGGUUUUGACAGACAUCAUUUAAAUCGUGACAAUGAUCCUCGUGAUCAAUUUGGGUACAGAGGAGAUGGUUCUCAGAGAAGACAUGGACUUGGACCUUCAUCAGAUUGGAAUCAGGGAAUAGAUCAUCGAUCUUCGCCAGCUCAAAGACCACCAUCUGGUUUAUUAGAAACACCAGAUCUAAAUAAAAUAAUACCUGAAAUAAAUCAGUAUGAGGACAGUGAUAGCAGAAUGCAUAUUGGAAAAGUUGAAGACAAAUUAGACGACAAAGGAAAUGUUGAUGAGAAUGAGCCUCCACCUUUUUGGAAUCCAGAGUUUGAUAAAAAAGUAAAUCCAGACUUUAAUCACCCUCCUCCAAAUUUUAGUAUCCCUCCAUCCAUCAGAAAUGAAAAUAGAGGAAUCCCAUAUGGUGCCUCAAGAGAUGGUUUCAGACAACCAGACAAGGAAGUAUAUGGGUAUCCACUUGGACCACCCCCAACUGAUACAAAUGAAAGGCCACUAGCUGCAGAUGCAUAUGAAAGACCACCACCCAGAGAUGCAAAUGAAAGACAUCCACUUAGAGAUGCUUAUGAAAGACUUCCACCAAGAGAUUCUUAUGAUGCACACGAAAGACCACUACCGAGAGAUCUUCAUGAAAGACCACCACCAAGAGAUCUUCAUGAAAGACCACCACCAAGAGAUCUUCAUGAAAGACCACCACCAAGGGAUCCAUUUGAAAGGCCACCCCCAAGAGAUCCACAUGAAAGACCACCACCAAGGGAUGCUUUUGAAAGGCCAACCCCAAGAGAUCAAUAUGAAAGACCAUCUCUCAGAGAUCAAUAUGAAAGGCCACCCCCAAGAGAUCAGUAUGAUAGGCCACCUCCAUCAGGAACAUUUGAUAGACCAACUCCAUCUGAAAUAUUUGAUAGAUCAGUUCCAUCCGGCCAAUUUGACAGACCACCACUUGGGUUUCCAGAUAGACCUCCAUAUAGAGAAAGACCACCACCUUUGAGUGAUGGACCGCCACAUUACGACAAUAAGCCUCCGCUAAUUGAGAGACAAUAUGAUCAUCCAACUUAUGGAGUUGAUGCAAGACCUCCAUCAGAUGACCACUUUCUAAGAAAAGGACCAUUUGGUUAUAAUGAUAAAAUUCAACCAACAUUUGACCAGAAAACUGGCAGACCAUCUGUGCAGUAUGAUGCAAAGCCAGCUGCUGAAACAAGUGGUGGUUCUCCAAUGGAUAUAGUGGAUGAUCAAGAAGAGAAUAAAAGUGAGGAUUACCCACAACCUAGAGGUUUCCAAAAUCCACCAGUAAGAGCUCCAUUUUCCAACCUGCCAAGUUUCGACCCAAGAUUUCCAAAUAGACCUCCACCUGCCAGGCUACCAGAUAUCAGACACCCACCUCCAAGACUUGGAGUUCCAGGUUUUUCACAGCCACCAUUUAACAGACCUUUAAGAAUAAAUGAAAGCAUUCCAGUAAGUGCAAAUCAGCCAAGACCUAAUACCCCAUUUACAUCUAUAGGAACACCAGGCAAUACUGUUCAGCCACUUAUACCAGGACUCGUAGGUGUAUCAGAUCCACGUCAAAAUCAACCUAUACAAAGGCCACUAAUUGAUGAUUCAAGAAACAAGUCUGAUGAUCUGAUUGACAAUAGAAAUAGGAGACCUCAGGACACUGACAAAAGAGGAGAGGAGACUAAAAUCCCAUCAAGACUGAAUGAUAGGCCAUCAGAUGUAGAUUCAAGAAAUCCAAGAAGUACAGGAAGAGAGGUUAAACAAGAUGUUGAUACUAGACAACGCCGCGAUGAAGAUAUGAAAAGAGAUGAUGAAAGAAGAGAUAGAGAUAGGGAAAGAGAUCCUGAUCGCAGGCGUGACAUAGAUCGUUAUAGUAGGGAUGAUAGAAGCAGAUCAGAAGUUGAUAGAAGACGUUCUGAUAACGAUAGGAGAGAUGAUCGUGUCAGAGACCGAAGUAGAGACUAUGACAGAUCAAGAGAUUAUGAUAGGCCUAGAGAUUAUAAUAGAUCUAGAACCGCAGACAGGGAUAGAGACAGUAGAUACAGGGAUGAUAGGGACAGUCGCAAAUCUCCACGAGAUAGUCGAGACAAAAAAGUAGACGAGUUCGGAAGAGAAAAGCGUUUUGAGGAUAGAGAUGCAAAAAGGGAAAAUGAAUCAAGAACAACUCCAAGCAAAACAAGUCAGCUACCUAAAUCAGAUAUAAGCACUGCACCUAAACAAACUCCUGUUUCUCAAAGUAGUGUAAGUAAGUCUUCAAUUCCACCAACAACGGUGUCUUUGCAAUCUAUUCCUGUACCACCAAAGAUUCCUAACACCCAAAGUACUUCACCGAGUUUUAAAACAUCAUCAUUUUCAAAUCUACCUGUGUCUAAAGAUGCUGUAGUAGAUAACAGAUCUGUUUCAAAUGCACCAGUUUCAUUUAGUAUUGCUAAAAGUCCUGCAUCAGCUGCAAGUAGUACAACGUUACAAAACUUACCAAAAAAUAGUGCCUCAACAGUGACUGCGCCUAAACCACUUCUGAGUACAUCUAUACCAAGCCCACGAUCUUUAAUGAGUACAAACAUAAACAGCGGGAGACAAAGUAGGUUUGACACUUCAACUCAACCAGGAAUAUUAGGAGCAGCUCCCCCAGGUGUAAGACCUGUAAGACCAACACUGAAUGCACCGAUAAUGCCAAGAAAAGCUGCCAACGAUUGGGAGCAACGACCAAAAGUACCUUUAUUGCCUGAUACGCCAAGACCUCAAUCUGCAGGUACAAAAGCUUUUACUGAUACACCAAAACCUUCAUCGAAAUUCACUGAUUCAUCAAGACCUCCCCUGUCAGUGCCUCCACUUAAAAGUUCUCCAUCAGCCAAGAUUGAUGCAGCUGAUCCAAAAGGAUUAAAACGACAGUACAGACAAACCAUGCCUUCUCUAUCAAUAGUAGUGAAGAAUUUGCCUACUAAUGCUGGGUAUAGGGAUGUAAGAAAAUUCUUUCAGGGAUGUGAAAUUCCUUGGGAUGGAUUAAAGAUGAUAAAUGAUGAAGAAGGAAAGAGAAUUGGUGUUGCUUACAUUAACUUUUGCAGUUCACAGGCAUAUUUUGAAGCUAUAGAGAGAAAUAAAAAAAAAUUAAAUGACAAUGUUAUUGAAGUUAAAUCUUGUCCUCAAGAAGAAUAUGAUAAACAAGAAGAUUCAUUCAUGCCCUCAAAGGAUAAUGAAGCAAAGAAACCGAAGAUAGUUGAAGCGCCUAAAACAUCUCCUGCUAAAACAAUUCCUAAAGAAAAUAUAGUUCAGGUAAAAGGCUGGGCAACUUCAGUGAAUAAAGAAGAUCUUCAAAAAUUCUUUAAGGAUCUUAAAAUUGCAGAAAAUGGGAGUGCAAUAUAUAUUGAACAUGAUCCGCAAAGACGACCAACUGGUAUGGCAAUGGUGAAAUUUGACAAUGAAUCUGACUUUAAUAAAGCUUUAACAUUAGACUUGAAACAGCUAGCAGGAAAAACUGUUCACAUAAAAUCAGUAUCUCAGAAGGACUUGGAUAAUUUAAAAGAAGAACUUAAAAAAACUAGUACUCCUUUGAUUCCUUCCGUUCCUCAAUUGAUCCCAUCCGGUAAUAAAGAUGUUAAAGCUGCUGGAGAUGCACCAAAAUGUGACUAUACAUGUGUUCAUUUAAAAGGACUACCGCCAUAUGUUGCAUUGCCAGAUUUGCAGUUUAGUUUCUUUUCUGGUCUAGAAGUUGGCAAUCGAGGUAUUCAUCUAGUGCUAGAUUCAAAUGGAAAAUCUUUAGGGGAGGCUUUUGCAGAAUUUAUCAAUGAGUCAGUUUGUGCUAGGGCAUUACUAAAAGAUAAUGAAGUUUUUAUGAGAAAGCCAGUGACUGUGAAACCUAUUCAAAAGAGUGAAAUGAUAGACAUGUUAAGAAUGAUAAAGCAACCAGCAGGCCGUGCAAAUACUGGUCCACAGUUUGGACGUAGAAGUACAUACUAUGUGAAAACAGAGAACUGGCCUUUUACCAUUUCAAUCCGAGAAGUGCUCAAUUUUUUCCAAGGCUUUAACCCAAUCCAGGAAACUGUUCGUGUACAAAUUGGUAAUGACAUGCAAGGUUCAGCAGCAAUGGUAGGGUUUAGGAGCCAAGAGGAUGCUGAGAGGGCUGUCAACAGUUUAAACAAGCAAUACUACAGACAGAGACAAAUCAGAAUGGAACCAGCACACAUGUAAUAAGGACGCAAAAGUAAAUGACGUCAAAGAUGGAAGAAGAUGAAAAUAGCGUGAUGCAGGACGAAGCUAUGAACUAAACACUGGACUUGGAAAGCUGAUUAUAUAUGAUAUCUGAAGUGUAUCUAGCAAAAGCCCGCCCGGAUACAGACAUUUGUUUUAUGUCCUGAUUUAUGUCUAGUCGUCCUUGUACAUUAUUGUGGUAUGAAUUGUUUCAUAUUGUGGAAAUCAUCGGGACAAAAUUAUAAUUAUGUAAAUACACAUUUAAUGGUAGACAUUAAUCACGAAAACACUUCAUUUUACAUAAACCAUUGUUUAGAAUUCUACAUUGUAUAUAAUUCAUUGUUUUUACCUUUGAGUGUUCUGUGGAACAGUAAUAGGAAAAUCAAAGGUUGCUUGUAUCGUGUGGACCAUAUGUAGUCUGUGUACUGGAAGAUACCAUUAUCUCCGUUUAAGAUAGAAUUCUCUGAAGAAUAUCACUUCGUCAGAUUCAAAAUACAAUAUAUUAUAUGAAAUUCAAAAUUAUAAAUGGUGGCUAUCAUUAAUUAAAUAAUCUUAUUCUGAAAUAAUUUAUGGGAAGAAUUUUAGGAAGAUACAGUUUUAUAUAUAAUGAUAUUCAAAUCGAAGUAUUAGUUAGAGUUGAUGCACAUACAAUCCCCAGUAUGGUGCUCACUCGAAGAUACAUUAGAAAAUUAAUGAUAACACUUCAAGGAAAGGGAAAAAACAAGUAUUUAUUUUUUAUAACGACAUGUAUUUGAAGUUCAACGUUAAUAUGGUGUUGAUUAAGAGAAUUCGUGACUACAUACAUAGAAACACCCUGCAACACAGAGCUCGAUCUUUUUUUUUUUUAUCUUUUUGCUACCAGUAGAUUACUUUUGUUGUAAUAUUUCUUUUCAUUGAUAUCUUUGUUAAUUGUAAGUAAACAUGUGGACAGACAAAAAUACAAAAUACAAUCGUU